AUGUCGAAAGCCUCAACGCUCGACGAUGCAUUCUACGUCCUGGUCACGGGUGCAAAUAGCGGUCUCGGCCUUGGAAUUGGCGCCCGCCUGAUCGACGAAUUUCUGCAAACACGCCCGCAAGACGAAUCCCUCGUACUCAUCAUAACAACGCGCGACCAACGCAAAGGCGACGCAGCAAUCGCAGCUCUAGGAGAACAGUUGCGCAAAGUAUGUCGCAAGGCAGAGAAGAAGCUUCCGGGCGUGUCGCAGGUACUGCAACGACGCGUUCAGUUGCGGCAGGAGAGGCUUGAUCUCCUGAGCUUAGUCUCCGUCCAGAAGCUGAGCAAGAAAUUACGCGACACAGUACCGAAGCUUGACGUAGUCAUAUGCAAUGCGGGGAUCGGCGGCUGGACAGGCAUAAACUGGCUGCUGGCAUUCCGGACAAUCCUCACAAGUUGGAAAACAAGUACGACGUGGCCGACUUUCAAGCUCUCUGGUGUGGGAUGGACUACGAAGCCACAGCUCCCGCCAGCAGCGGAUGGCAGCGAGAGGGAGGAGCCACCUCUGGGUGAGGUUUUCUGCGCCAACUUCUUCGGACACUACCUGUUGGGACACUACCUUGCGCCGCUCCUGGCUAGACGAUCACAAACCAAACAGGCGUUGGGCAGGCUGAUCUGGACAAGCAGUCUCGAGGCGUACGAGCACACUUUCGAUAUACAGGAUAUACAAUGCCUAGAAUCAACCGAGGCAUACGAGUCGUCAAAGCGACUUACCGACCUCAUGGCGAUAACAUCCGUCCUCCCCGCCACCGAGCCCCACGUAAACAAAUACCUCGACUGCGAACAGCCCUCCGAGAAGAUCACUAAGCCCCGCAUAUACCUCUCUCACCCGGGCAUCACGCAUACACCGAUCAUGCCGCUGAUUCUCGUUCUUGACUACGCGUGGAUGUUGGUGUGUUACAUCAGCCGCUGGCUAGGUAGCCAAUGGCACGUUGUGACUGUGGACAAGGGCGCCGUGGCAGCGGUCUGGCUGGCGCUGGCGAAGCAAAGCACAUUGGACACGAUGGAGCAGCGGGAGGGAGUGGGCAAGUGGGGCAGUGCCAUCGAUGUGCGGGGCAAUGAGCGGGUGGAAAGGACGGAGGUUGAGGGUUGGGGAUGGGGCGGCGAGAUCGGGGAGAGGCCGCGGAAGUAUGGGCGCAGCCCGUAUGCAAAGACCUUGACACCGCAGUCGAAAGAGAACUUUGUCAGGGAAGGCGAGCAAUGCUGGGCUGAGCUGGAGAAGAUGAGGUUAGAUUGGGAAAAAAGAUUGGAUGAGGCGGGUGUGGGGGUAAGCAUGGAGUAG